UUUAUUUUACGGAUGACUUGGAAUGGACCUAUAUACUUGUGUCCAAGUUUUUUGUAUUUAUGAAUUUCUCUAAGGUUCUUGGUAGACAAAUAAACCGUAUCUCCAGCAGCCAGGGUUAUGGGACAGUGAUGCUUUUCUGCCUGCACUUUGUGUGAGUCCUUGGCCUUUUGAAGUGUGCGGAGGAUGGGAUCCCAGCCCUCCACAAUCUGCUGAAUCCACUCCUGCUAUUCAGGAGGAUCGACAGCAGGCUGCCUUAAAAAGGAGAGAGGCUUGCCAGACUGCCUGGAGACUGCUUCAGAGGGUGUUUUUCCUGUUCUACUAUGGACAGCAUUAUUGUAAGCAUAUUCAGCAUAGGGUAGGAGAUCUACCCAAUUAUCUUGAUGGUAGUUACUGUAACACCUAAGAUAUUGUUCUAGGGUCUGAUUGGUCUGUUCCAACUGGCCGUCUGAUUCAUCGUGAUAAGUUGAAGAUAAGCCUUGCUCCACCCCCAGGAGUUGUAGGAACACCCUCCAGAAUUUUGAGACAAAUUGAUUGCCCCUGUCAGAAAUAAUUUCGCCUGGGGUGGAGUGUAAACGAAAAAUAUGCUGAAUGAACAUUUUGGCCAGUUUAGUAGUGCUUGGGAGGAACAUGGAAUGAAAUGCACUUGUUUUGGAAAUAAAUCGACCACCAUCCAAAUUACAGUAUUUUCAUGGCUGGCGGGCAAAUCAGUAAUAAAAUCCAUAGAAAUAACCUUCCAAGGACUGGUGGGGGCUGGUAUUAGCUGAAGGAGCACUUGUGGUUUACCUGGAUUCCCUUUGGCCAUGGCAUAAGUAGAACAACCUCUGAUAUAGGUUUCUAUAUCUUUGCACAUAGAAUGCCACCAAAAUUGGAGACUAAGAAGGUGUAAGGUUUUUACAAAUCCAAAGCGUCCAACUGUUUUGGAAUCAUGCCCCUACUGGAUGAUUGCUCUGCAAAGCGGAGGCGGUAAAAAGACAGAGCAUUUGCCAAAAGGUAUCUAGCUCAAGAAGAGGGAACGAAGCAGUGCAGGUAGUUGCCAAGAGGAUAAGAUGGUGCCCCAGAAGUCUCUCUCCUUCACUCUGAUCUUCCUUGUUGCAGUUGUAGAGUCUGGCUUGGCGCAGGAUGCUGAAACUGACUGUUGUGCAGAGCUGAAAGGCUUGCCCCAAUGUCGUCCACGCAUGUUCGUUAUCCGGGGCAAAACAGGGAUUCCAGGUGCACCCGGCAUUCCAGGAACUCCUGGGCCACUUGGGAUGAAGGGGGACAUUGGCUUUCCGGGGCCUCCUGAGCUGAAAGGCUUGCUCCAAGGUCAUCCACGCAUGUUCGUUAUCCGGGUCCAACCAGGGAUUCCAGGUGCACCCGGCAUUCCAGGAACUCCUGGGCUACCUGGGAUGAAGGGGGACGUUGGCCUUCCGGGGCCUCCUGGUUUUGUUUGGGAGCCUGGGAAGGUUGGACCAAACGGGGAUCAAGGAAACAGAGGAGCCCGGGACUGCAAAGAACUGUUAGACCACGGGGAGAUUCUUAGCGGGUGGUACACCAUCUUCCCCGUUACAGGGAAAAGACUAACCGUGUUCUGUGAUAUGGAGACAGAUGGAGGAGGCUGGCUGGUGUUCCAGCGGCGACAAGAUGGAUCCAUGCAUUUCUAUCGUGACUGGGAGUCCUACAAGAAAGGCUUUGGGAAUCAGGAAUCAGAGUUCUGGCUGGGCAAUGACAACAUCCACCUGCUCACCAGCAAUGGAAGGUACCUCCUGCGGAUUGAUGCUGAGGACUUCAGUAAUUUCAGAACUUUUGCCCUGUAUACUGGCUUCCAAAUCCUGAGCGAGAAGGAAAACUAUAAACUGGUCUUGGGUGCUUAUUCCCAAGGUGACAUGGGAGAUUCCCUCACAGUGCACAAUCAGAUGGCAUUUUCAACGCACGAGAGAGAUAACGAUAUCAGUUAUACCGCCAACUGUGCUGAGCUAUACAAGGGUGGCUGGUGGUAUAAGGAAUGCCACAUGUCUAACCUCAACGGACUUUACUUGAAAGGGGAUCACAGCUCUUAUGCUGAUGGCAUCAACUGGAAAUCUGGGAAAGGGUAUCAUUACUCUUACAAAUACAUUGCCAUGAAAGUCAGACGACAGUAGGCAGUGGAAGGGCCAAGUAUGCACUCAGUAUCUUAUGGUUAAGAUACAGCACCACCACUAACUGUUGUUCCACCUUCCCCAUUGGCUGUUGCUACUAUCUUUGCUAAUGUAUCAAAAUGUCAAAAGAAAUGAUGCCUUUAAAAUCUAGCCUCUCUAGCAAUGCGACAUUUCUCUCUACAUUCUACAGCGCUGUGGUACCCCAAAUAAAACGUGCACGUGCUCACUAAUGUGUAAGGAAGGGCUGUCUUACUGACUAAUAGCUAAUCAAUAGAUCAGGUCAUAAACAGUGACUUCAGCAACUUGUUUACAUACAAACAGUUACUUGAAAGGGAAUUACAGCUCUUUUGCUGAUGGCAUCAACUGGGAAUCUGGGAAAGGGUAUCAUUACUCUUACAAAUACACUGCUAUGAAAAUCAGACCACAGUAGGCAGUGGAAGGGCCAAGUAUGCACUCAGUAUCUUAGGGUUAAGAUACAGCAUCACCACUAACUGUUGUUCCACCUUCCCCAUUGGCUGUUGCUACUGUCUUUGCCUUUAAAAUCUGUGACAUUGCUCUCUACAUUCUGCAGCGCUGUAGUAGCCCAAUAAAACAUAC